CUCACACCAAGCCCAAGGCCCAAAACCAAAACCCUCCUCUCGUGCUCCCCUGCCCCGCCGCCCACCCCUCAUCCGCUGCGCCAUGCCGCCGCGCAAGCGGCCGCCGCCGCCGCCGCCGCGGGCAGAGCCCUCCCCUGCCUCGGCGCCUCCACCCGACGUCAAUUCCCCGAAACCCUCCGACUCCACCAAUUCUUCGCCGCCGACCAUCUCGGCCUCGAUCCUCGCCAACCUCCCGCCCGCGGAGCGCGAGGUCUACAGGAUCAUCUUCAGUGCGGGCAGCAAGGGCAUGUGGAUGCAGGAAGUCCGGAAGAUGACGGGGCUGGGGCCUAACGUCGCCACCAAGCACGCGCGCACCCUCAUGGCGCAGGGCCUCCUCAAGGAGGUCAGCGACGUGCGCCACCGCAGCAAGAAGAUCUUCAUGGCCACCGAUUUCCAGCCCUCCUCCGAGAUCACCGGCGGCGCCUGGUACCACGACGGCCGCCUCGACACCGACGCCGUAGCCGCCGCGCGCCGCAGGUGCCUCGCGCAGGUCGAGAAGCUCGGCGCCGCAACCGCGCAAAUGAUCCACCAUGGCAUCGAGAGGGACGAGCCCAGUGCCGGGUACGCCAUGGACAAGAUCAAGGAUAUCCUGCGGACCAUGGCGCUCGACAAGGUGCUCGAGGAGGUCAAGAGCACCGGCGAGGGGGAGUUCGCCGCCGUCAGGAGCGGCACGAUGUGCUACCGGGUGGCUGGGAUUGCGCAGGGAGGGAUGAUGGAGGGGAUCCCGUGCGGGGUUUGCCCCAGGAUCGAUGAGUGCUCGCCGGAGGGGGUCAUCUCGCCCAACACCUGCGUCUACUACAAGAAGUGGCUGCAGAUGGACUUCUAGGAGGCGAGCCGGCCUCCGUUGUGCAUUGCGAUGGCGUGGAUUGGAAAUCAGUUCCUCAUUGCUCUAUUGGUGCUGCUGUUUCACACUUUGGGAUUGGAUUGCCAAAGGUUCAAUUCCUUCAGUGAUCUCUGUUAGGGUAGGCAUAUUAGGUGGUUAUGGUAUGUAACCAAUCUCGGUAUUCAUAUUAAGAAUCAAUCCAAUAGUUAUUGCUACUUAGGUUUUUAGAUGCUAGUCUUUCCUAUGUAUGUAUUUGCAUCAAGUUUGGAUGUCUGCUCCAUAUCAACAUCCUAAAUUCUGGAUACUUGGCAAGCAUUUCAGCUAUCAUACUCAAGUUAUACUACAUUGGACACAACAAAAGCGUUCCUGUUCUACAAUCGUAGUCUUAACAAAGA